GCAAGAGAAGCAAGCGGUCACCGUGGACCGAGGAUCAGCCGAGCUACUGUAAUUAAAUUGGAAACUCUUCACCGAACUUCUUUGAAACCUUUAUCGGUACAAAAAAAAUUUUUUUAUUAUUAUUUUAAUGCUAUUUUAAUUAUUAUUAUUUUUUAUUAUUAUUUGUUUUUCUCCCGCGGACGAAAUUGACUUGACACAGAUUCACAUAUGCGAAGAGAGAGAGAGAAAGCGAGAGAGAGAGAGACAGAGCGAGAUAGAGAGAGAGAGAGAGAGAGAGAGAAAGGGAGAGAGCGCCUUGCGACUGGAAAGUGAAUUCAAAUGUUUCGUUGUAAAGGUCGCACCUAUGGUCCACCCAAGGUUGGACCUGUGUUAAUUCCGUUCUUAAGUCGAGCUGGUUUUGGAAUGCGUCUUGCUUUGGAUAUUGAGUUCUUGUAGAGGAAUUGUUCGCGGGUCACCUGCGCGAGGAGCGCGCUGGUGGUGGGACGGAGUGCAAGUGGCAAAGGUAAACGGCUGUCGUCACUCCGUUUCAGCUUCUCUCGGAUGGGAUUCUUGACGGACCGAGCGGAUGGAGGGAUGAAACGCGGAGAAAAAAGAGAGAGCAAGAGAGACGAGGGCGAGAAGCAGGACGCGGUCGACGUGAAUGCAGAACGGACGCACCCCUCUGGAAGACUGAGAUCUUAAACCGAUACGGGAUUUACAUUCACCUCAAGGGAUAUCACCUAUGCACAUACAUUCAUGGGUCUUCUUUUCAUUUGGAACCAAUUAUUGUGGAGUUACGACUGGAACUGAAUUCUAAGGAUGGGGAUUUGGUGAGAUAACUGAGCCCUGACGUUUGGUGAUCGAAGGAAGCCAAUAAAGGCUGCACGUCCAGGAAAAGAGUGAAGAAAAACGUAAGUUUUUUUUAAUCAGAAGCCUUUUCAAUGACAAUCUACGGUAACGUGAAUCCUGAAGCAGAUUGUCGACUUUCACAUCUGUCAAGGUGACCAGUUCAGACGGGCGGUAACCAUGGAGAGACUGUUGCUGUGUGUGAUGGUGGCAGUUGCCAUGGCAGUUCGCGCACAGAUCUGCCCAAAGCGCUGCGUAUGUCAGAUCCUCUCACCCAACCUGGCAACACUCUGUGCCAAGAAAGGUCUACUAUUUGUUCCACCAAACAUUGACAGGCAUACAGUAGAACUGAGGCUGGCUGACAACUUUGUCACGAGUGUGAAGAGGAAAGACUUUGCAAACAUGACACGGCUUGUGGACCUAACGUUAUCCAGAAAUACCAUCUCCUUCAUCACACCUCAUGCCUUUACCGAUCUUGAGAACCUCAGAGCCCUGCAUCUCAACAGUAAUCGGCUGACAAGGAUAGGCAAUGACACGUUCAGUGGGAUGUCCAAGCUCCACCACCUAAUUCUGAACAACAACCAGCUGGUACUGAUCCACCAGGGAGCAUUCAAUGACCUGCUGGCACUGGAAGAACUGGAUCUCAGUUAUAAUAACCUAGAUUCCAUUCCUUGGGAGGCCAUCCAGAAAAUGACAAGCCUCCAUACAUUGAGUUUGGACCACAACAUGUUAGACUAUAUUCCAGAGGGAACAUUUUCAUUGCUACAGAAACUCAACCGGCUCGAUGUCACCUCAAAUAAACUCCAAAAGCUCCCUCCGGACCCUCUCUUUCAGCGAGCACAAGUUCUGGCCACGUCUGGGAUGCUGAGCUCCUCAACCUUUGCACUGUCAUUUGGCGGAAACCCGCUGCAUUGCAACUGUGAGCUACUUUGGCUGCGAAGGCUUAACCGAGAGGAUGACUUAGAGACAUGUGCCUCACCUCAGCACCUCUCUGGACGAUACUUUUGGUCCAUUCCUGAGGAAGAGUUCCUGUGUGAACCCCCGCUCAUAACCAGAUACUCCCAAGAGAUGAGGGUCCUCGAAGGGCAGAGAAUGUCACUCAGAUGUAAGGCCAGAGGUGAUCCAGAGCCAGCAAUACACUGGAUAUCUCCUGAUGGCAAACUAGUUUCAAACUCAUCAAGAACACUGGUCUACACCAAUGGAAGUCUGGACAUCCUCAUUAGUACUGUAAAAGACACAGGCUCCUUCACCUGCAUCUCCUCCAACCCUGCUGGUGAAGCCCACCAGACUGUAGACUUGGUUGUCAUUAAACUCCCACAUAUCUCCAACAACACCAACAACAUCCAAGAGCCUGACCCAGGAUCCUCUGACAUUUCCACAUCCACCCGAAGUGGAAACAAUGGAAGCAAUGUGACUGGCGAUGUAAAGGGUGGGGUAGAAAAGAGGGUGGUGACUGCUGAAGCUACAUCAUCAACCGCAUUGAUCAAGUUUAACUUCCAGAGGAAUAUUCCAGGCAUUCGGAUGUUCCAGAUACAGUAUAAUGGGAGCCAGGAUGACUCACUUGUGUAUCGAAUGAUCCCUCCAUCAAGCAAGAGCUUCCUUGUCAACAACCUAGCAGCAGGAAGCCAGUACGAUCUGUGUGUGCUCGCCAUCUAUGAUGACGUCAUGACCUCCCUGACAGCAACUCGCAUGGUGGGAUGUGUGCAGUUCACCACUGAGUCAGAGUAUAUGAGGUGCCAUUUUAUGCAGUCCCAGUUCCUCGGUGGGACUAUGAUCAUCAUCAUCGGAGGGAUUAUAGUGGCUUCUGUGCUCGUUUUCAUCAUUAUCUUGAUGAUACGGUACAAGGUGUGUAACCCAGGAGACGGUGUUAAAGGCAUGUCACUGUCGCUGACCAACGUUCACUCUCAGGCAAACGGGCAGCACUCGCAAAGGUGCAGUGUGACUCCCAGCACCUCCAAGCAUGGCUCAAUUGGAUUAGAGGACCUCUCAGGAGGUUCAAAGAAGAGGAGUGGAGCAGGAGGAGGCAAUGAUGUGACAACUCUUUCAUCCAACUCAUCCCUGCCAGACUGCUCCACAGCCACCUCUGUUCUCAGCCAGCAGUGGACAAUAGUUGGAGCUGAGGAACAGGAGAAAGUCGGUCAGGAUAGAGCUCGAACCAGUGUCUCCUCACCCGCUGCCACCAGCUCACUUUCCAGGCCAAAGCGUAAGACCGCUCCGAGUAAACCUGGCUCGGCUUGCUCUAACAUCUCAGCUGCCCUGGAGAAUCUCCCUCACCUUCCUUCCUCUUCUGCCUCUACCACCUCCUCCACUCUCCCUCCUCUAGAUACCCUCAACACCAACCGCAACAAUUCCACCUCACUAAAUCAAGCCCAGCCUCCUCCCAUUGCCACCCCUAGUCCACUUCACUCCAUCCGAUAUCGAGAAACACCCAUUCUGCGCCGGGUUCCUCGCGCCCACACCUCCUCCACUGCCAAGUACCAGACUCUCCCUGUGGAGGAGGGAGGGAAGAGCAGGCCGAGGAGAAGAUCCUCCCUCAGUGAAGGAGGCUCAAAGACUCUCUCAUCCCAUCGAGAGAGCGCAGGAGCACCAAAAUUAGGACGUAUAGUGCAGGACAAAAGGAGUCAAUCAAUGAGUGGAAUGGUUUUCUCCAAAGAAAGCGAGGGAGACUCUGAUCGAGGACGCUGUGAUUCUGACUGGAUCUUGGAAAGCACGGUUUAAAUUUAAACAAGACAACAAAAUAUACAUUAUCUAUUGUUGUUUUUUGGGGGGGAUUGUUAUAUUGUAUGUCUGAGUUUUGUUUGUCUGUGUGAGUGAAGUGUAAAGUGAGGCUGUGACAUGAAACAAUGCAGUUUCUUUUGAGGGUGUGACUAUUUAUGUUAAAUUUUGUGCGUGAGCAUGGACAAGGACGAGUGCAUUUCUGGGUGACAAAGGGACAAGACGUCUUAUUUUUCAAGCAUUUAUUUGUUGUCACUGUUUCAAAGAGUUUUGUUGUCAGAUAAUUUUUGUUUCUACUUUGACAGUUUUGUAUCUGUUUGAAAAUCUGUCAUUCAGCAAGUGGAUAUCUUG